CCCGCCCCGGAGCCGCCAGGGACGCAGGGCGCAGGAGGGACUUGGCCCAGCAGCCCGCGGCGCCGCGCUCCGCAAGCUCAGGGCACGUCUUCUCAGGUGCCAUGACGCAGCAGCCCCAAGAGGACUUUGACAGAAGUGUGGAGGAUGCCCAGGCGUGGAUGAAGGUGGUACAGGAGCAGCUCCAGGUCAAUGACAACACACAGGGGCCCCGAGCCGCCCUGGAAGCACGGUUGCGUGAGACGGAGAAAAUCUGCCAGCGGGAGCCUGAGGGAUGCAUGAAGGUGGAACUGGUCCUGCGGGCAGCUGAGGCCCUCCUGGCUACUUGCCAGGAGGGCCAGAAGCCCGAGAUCCUGGCCCAGCUGAAGGAUAUCAAGUCCCAGUGGGAGGAGACAGUCACCUACAUGACUCACUGCCACAGCCGCAUCGAGUGGGUGUGGCUGCAUUGGAGUGAGUAUCUGCUGGCCCAGGAUGAGUUCUACCGCUGGUUCCAGAAGAUGGUGGUGGCUCUGGAGCCCCCUGUGGAGCUGCAGCUGGGCCUGAAGGAGAAGCAGUGGCAGCUGAGCCACGCCCAGGUGUUGCUGCACAAUGUGGACAAUCAGGCCGUGCUGCUGGACAGGCUGUUGGAGGAGGCGGGCUCCUUGUUCAACAGGAUCGGGGACUCCAGCGUGGAUGAAGAUGCUCAGAAGAAGAUGAAGGCUGAGUACGACGCUGUGAAGGCCAGAGCCCAGCACAGGGUGGACCUCCUGACCCAGGUGGCCCAGGAGCAUGAACAGUACCGGGAGGAUGUGAACGAGUUCCAGCUGUGGCUGAAGGCGGUGGUGGAGAAAGUGCACAGCUGCCUGGGGCGAAACUGCCAGCUGACUACGGAGCUUCGUCUCUCUGCACUGCAGGACAUCGCCAAGGAUUUCCCUAAGGGUAAGGAGUCUCUGGACAGGUUGGAGGAGCAGGCUGAGGGUGUCAUUCAGAACACCUCUCCUUUGGGUGCAGAGAAGAUCUCGGCGGAGCUGGAGGAGAUGCGAGGGGUCCUGGAGAAGCUGAGAGUCCUCUGGAAGGAGGAGGAAGGGAGGCUGCAGGGCCUGCUCCAGUCCAAGGGGGCCUGUGGGCAGCAGAUCCUGAAGCUGGAGGCGGAGUUGGGAGAGUUCAAGAAAAGUCUUCAGAGGUUGGCCCACGAGGGCUUGGAGCCCACGGUGAAGACAGCCACAGAGGAUGAGCUGGUGGCCCACUGGAGGCUGUUCUCGGGGACACAGGCUUCACUGGCUUCAGAGGAGCCCCGUGUAGACCGACUACAAACUCAACUGAAGGAGCUUGUCGCCUUCCCCGACCUACAGUCGCUCUCUGACAGUGUGGUAGCUGCCAUUCAGGAAUAUCAAAGUAUGAAGGGAAAGAACGCUAGGCUCCACCAUGCAACCAGAGCAGAGCUGUGGCAGCGGUUCCAGCGGCCCCUCAAUGACCUGCAGCUAUGGAAGGCCCUGGCCCAGAGGCUCCUGGACAUCACCACUAGCCUGCCGGACCUGCCCUCCAUCCACACCUUUCUACCCCAGAUUGAGGCGGCCCUAGCAGAAAGCUCCCGCCUGAAAGAGCAGCUGGCCAUGCUUCAGCUGAAGACGGACUUGCUCGGCAGCAUCUUUGGCCAGGAGAGAGCAGCCGCUCUCCUGGAGCAGGUGGCGAGUUCUGUGAGGGACCGAGACUUGCUGCAUAACAGCCUUCUGCAGAGGAAGAGCAAACUGCAGAGCCUGCUCGUCCAGCACAAGGAUUUCGGGGUGGCUUUUGACCCCCUACACAGGAAGCUUAUAGACCUCCAAGCCAGGAUCCAAGCAGAGAAAGGGCUUCAGCGGGACCUUCCUGGAAAGCAGGUCCAGCUCCUAAGGUUGCAGGGGCUGCAGGAAGAAGGCCUUGAUCUAGGGACACAGAUAGAGGCUGUGAGGCCUCUUGCCCAGGGGAACUCUAACCACCAGCACAAAGUGGACCAGAUUUCCUCUGACCAGCAAGCCCUGAAGAGGUCCUUGGAGGACCUUGUGGACAGUUGUCAGCAGAGCGUCCGGGAGCACUGCGCCUUCAGCCACCGGCUGUCGGAGCUGCAGCAGUGGAUCACCAUGGUCACACAGACACUGGAGUCACACCAGGGGGCCGUGCGUCCAUGGGAUGCCGAGUCCCAAGAGGCUGGACUUGAGAGGCUGCUGGCUGAAAUUCCAGAGAGAGAGGUCCAGUUGUCCCUGCUCCAAGCACUGGGCCAGCUUGUGAUGAAGAAGUCCUCCCCAGAGGGGGCAGCCAUGGUCCAGGAGGAUCUGAGGAAGCUGAUGGAGUCCUGGCAGGCCCUGCGGCUAUUGGAGGAGAAUCUGCUGAGUCUCAUCAGAAACCAGCAGCUGCGGAGAACAGAGGUGGACACAGGAAAGAAACCGAUCUUCACCAACAAUAUUCCAAAGGCUGGCUUUCUCAUCAACCCCCAGGACCCUAUUCCCAGGCAGCGGCGUCGGGCAAACCUACCAGAAGAACAUGACGUCCAUGAAGAUUAUUCCCAGCUUCUGAGAGACUUUGAACAGUGGCUGCAGGUUGAAAACUCCAAGCUAGCUGGAAUCGUCACAAUGAGAACAGCCACAGCCAAGGACUUGAGGACCAGAGAGAUGAAGCUGCAGGAGCUAGAGGCUCGAAUCCCAGAAGGCCAGCAUCUGUUUGAGAACCUGCUCCAUCGCAGGCCAGCAAGGGACCCCUCCAAUGAGCUGGAAGAUCUGCGCUAUCGAUGGAUGCUGUACAAAUCCAAGCUCAAGGACUCUGGCCACCUGCUGACACAGAGUUCUCCAGAGGAGCUGAUUGCAUUCCAAAAGAGUCGACAGCAGAGGCGGUGGCGGAAUCCCUGCUCUCUCCUACAGAAAGCCUGCCGGGUGGCGCUGCCACUACAGGUCCUGCUCCUGCUCCUUCUGCUGCUGCUCUUCCUGCUGCCGGCCGGGGAGGAAGAGCGCAGCUGCGCCUUGGCCAACAACUUUGCCCGCUCCUUCGCUCUCAUGCUUCGGUACAAUGGCCCCCCGCCCACCUAGUACCCUGGGACCUACAGGUGAUGUUCUGUAGUCCCUCUGAGGCUGGCUUUGGGGGGAAGCUGGACAGACCAGACACCCAGAACAGUCUCAAUCUAAAUGCUGCAUCUGUUCCCAGAACAAACUUGCUUUUUUCUACGAUGCCAUUUCUGUCUAUUUAUACUGAAUGUGUACUAUGUGUGGUUAGGGAGUAAUGUACAGAAUUUUUAUAUGUGUGUAUGUAUAUGCUCAGUGUAGAUAACUUCAGACUCGAUGUUUCUUUGUGCCUACGGGCAUCCCCAGCAGUGUGUUUCCCUCAUGGGAUUUGUGACACUCGUGCCUUAGCCUCCUGUCAUCCCUGGCAGACAGGAGAAAUCACACAUUACUUUUAUGAUGACCUGUCACCCAGGAAUCCAGGCGUCAGUGCAGAAGUCUCCGAGCUGUGAGCAUAGCUGAACAGAACCGGAGUCCUAGGUCUCUGGUGCAUGUGACUAGUUUAAAGCCACAGGCACAGGCACAGGCACAGUCAGAGCAGUGAGACUGGACAAGGGACAGAGGGACAGAGGGACAGGGGGAUACCGAGAGAGGAACAGAAGACCUGUAAAGGAAGGACAAUGUGCCACAGAGUGAUGGUACUUAGCGCCCCACCCCCACGCGGCAACCACUGAUAACACAGACCGUGAGGAAUGCCUGUGACCAUGACCAUGACUCCAUGUCUUCAGGAAGUGGCUGGGGUUUUGUUUGUGUGUUUUCUCCAGGAGAAAGAAAAAGGAAGACGAACUUGGCAUUUUAUUCUGAUGCACAAGGGUGAAGCACAUUGCCAGUGGCCUGUGCCAGUCCCAGGAGGCCUGUGCCAUUUUGUUCUUGGGCUUUCUACCGGCUAGGGUAUGAACUGAGGGCAGAGUGGAAACAUGGGCCUGCACGAGGCAGAGAAGAAAAGACUCAGGCCAUCUGAAGGGGUCUUUCUUCCCUUCCGAGAAGGAACUGCAGACUGGUAGGUCUACAGGGCUGGGCAAGUCCUACCUUCUUCCCCCGUGGGACUAGGGCUCUCUACCUAGACCCAGGCAGGAGCAGGCAAAGUGGACUCCAGGCAUGCGUGGGAGGCAUCUGGUGUGACUCCAGGCUAUGCCCGAGGCUGGAAACAUAACCAGGGAAUGCUGGAAUGAUUCCUAAGUGGGUUAAAACUGGAUCAGGUUUGACCUAAACUGACAAUUUUUUUUCUUAGAAUUUUUAGAAAAUUCUUAAUGCCCCCCUUUUAACAGAUGGAAUAUGUCUGUAAGGUGUGGAUACCCUCAGGCUUAGCCAUCAGAGGCACAACCAGUGUUAAAAGACCCAGAGAGGCACUUUAAACACGACAAAUACUGAGGCCCUAAGAGGGACCCGACUCAAAGGUCACCACCCUUACACACACACACACACACACACACACACACACACACACACACACACACACGUCCCUCCCAAGCUGGCAUCAGACUACACCAUGUAUGGCUUCCAUCUUAGCACAGAACCUAGGAAAGGCUGGGUAUUGGCUAGCAAGAAUACACCACCUUAGGGGUUGUUGCUUGGUCUGUAACCUCAGCCAAAAGGCCUCCCCUGGACCCAGCUACUUUGCUGGGAAAUCAGCGAUUGGUGAACCCUGACCUCAGACCCAGGUAGCCGAAUCCUGAUGCUCACUAAGGCCAUUGGUCCACCACUUAGUCAGAACUGUGGCAAAGGACAUCAGUGCUUCCUUUUCUACUUUCCCAUUUCACGGGUGAGGAACCUGAGGCCCAGAGAAAGGAAGUCACAGCAAGAACCUAUAAAGCCAUAAGUGGGUUGGUCACCACAGUCUUCAGGUGAUAGCACAACCUCCCCAUAUCUUCCUUCCCAAGAAAAAGAGGGCUAGGGCGUGUUUCAGAGAUGGAACACGUAGGUCCUGGGUUCCAUCCCCAGAAUUUAUGAGAAAUAAAGAAAAAAAAACAGAAAAGAGAGCUGUUUACUAUGAAUGUAGCCCUGUCUCGUGGCAACUGCUGGGGAGGGUGAAGCUGCGAUAUGUGGGUGGUGGGGUGGUUGAGAACGCUGUCUGUAUUUUUGACUAUUGACAGCGAUACUGUGGGUAGCUCGUUUGCAUAACUUUUUUAACAGAGGGGAUUGAUAUUUUUAUUACUUUCAUAUGAAUAUAGCUGGAAUAUGACAUACUAGCCAUUUCUGGGUGCUUUUCAGAUGCAACUUCUUUUGCUUAAAAUGGAUAUAGACACCUGCUAUUGUGACGUGGUCUCCUAGCCAAUUGCCAUAGCAAGUUGGAAGGUGUCUCUGGAGAGAAGUGUUGGAGCUUAAAAAGCUGACAAAGUCUUUGUUAGGAGUGUGUGGGGGGGUGUUGUAUGUGUGUGUGUAUGUGUAUGUAUGUGUGUAUGUAUGUGGGUGUGUGUAUGUGGGUGUGUGUAUGUGGGUGUUGUACAUGUAUGUAUGUAUGUGUGUGUGUGUGUGCGCGUGUGUAUGUGGGUGUUAUUGUUCUUUUGUCCUGCAGACAGUGCUCCCAUGUAACCAUCCUAGGUCAGCCCAGGAAUAUGUGUGUGUAAGGAUCCAAGCAGGUACUAUCAAUGCCAUUGGUCCCCUACCCUGUGCUCCUCUUUCUGCCCUUUUCUGCACCAUUUGUUCUCUGAGUGCAGAAUGCAGGAGCAGAAUAUAUGUUUAUAAUGCAGAUGGAGUAAGUGGAGUUAGUGGUCAGGACAGCAGGUGAGCUAGGAAGCCCAGGAGGUGCUGGUGGGAAGGGCACAGGGGCUACUCACUAGACACAGGCUGUGAUGGUUUGAGAGAAAAUGGCCCUCACAGGGAGUGUCACUGCUAGGUGUGGGCUUGUUGGAAGAAGUGUGUUACCGUGGGGGUGGGCUUUGAGAUCUCUUUUGCUCAAGCUUCCCUCAGUGUGACAGUCAGUCAACAUCUUGCUAUCUUCUGGUAGAGAUGUAGCCAGCACCAUGUCUGCCUGUGUGCUGCCAUGCUCCCUGUCAUGAUGAUAAUAGACUGAACCUCUGAAACGGUAAGCGAGCCACCCCAAUUAAAUGUUUUCUUUGUGGUCAUGGUGUCUCUUGACAGCAAUAAAAAAAAAAAAACCCUAACUAAAACACCCAUGAUGUCUUUCCAUGGGAAACCAGCACCGAAGGGCUGGCAUUUCAUUGAUUCCCACAGUGCCCAGCCCAGUUCAAGCUGAGAGACUAAGGGGCACCUUUCUUCCUCCCUUUAGUGUGGAGCCAGGACUGACCAGAUCGACAAGAGCUGCAGAGGGUUUGAGAAGCAAAGCUGAGCUGACCUGGCUGGGGUAAUCAGAUGGGAAACAGGAAAGGAAGAGAGCAGAGUCAGGGACCACAGAGGCUGCACUGGUGCACACUAAGUUGCCAUGGAACCAAAGUUUAUUGUUGUGUGUGUUUACCACUGUUGAAGAAAGGAGACAGCAAGGAAGGGAGAUAGGAAGUGGGGAGUAAAAGAGA